AUGUCGAUUCCAGGCCUGGGCCAGAUUCCCGCGCAGCCCACCGCCUCGUCCACCCGAGUCAUCACCCUCCGUCCCGCCUCAGAAUGGCGAUUCCAAGUGCCCCUGGGCUCCCCGCUCCUCCUCAAACUGCUCUCGGGCACCGCUGAGAAGGACGGCAUCGAGCUGGCCCCGCGCAACGCCUACACCUUCUCCGGCAUCAAGUCCAAGAUCCUGUCGUGGCACGGCUGCGAGCUCGAGCUUGACGGCCGCUGCGAGCGCGAGUUCAUCACCGAAUAUGCGAACCCGACCGAGAACCCGGCAAAUGCCCACCUGAACCUCCACGGCCAGCUCAACGAGAUGCGCGUCAUGGCCGCGAGAGAGGGCAGGGAGGGUCCGCGGGUGCUCGUCACGGGCCCUGCCAACACCGGCAAGACGACGCUGGUCAAGACGCUGACGAGCUACGCGACGCGACAGGGCUACCAGCCACUACUAGUCAACACGGAUCCGAGGGAGGGCAUGCUGAGUCUGCCGGGCACGCUGAGCGCGAGUGUCUUUGCGACCGUCAUGGACCCCGAGGCAGUGGACGGCUGGGGCAGCACCCCGACCAGCGGACCGAGCGGCGUGCCCGUGAAGCUUCCCCUGGUGUUUUACUACGGCCGCGAGUCGCCCGAGGCCGACCCCGACUUCUACCGAGAGAUCACCAGCAAGAUGGCCGGUUCCGCCAGCGCACGCCUGAGCGAGGACGUGAGCGUCCGCAGCUCCGGUGUCAUUGUGGAUACCGUCGGGUUCAGCGACGACAGCAAGGUUGGGAUGGACCUCAUCGCGCAUCUCGUCGACGAACUUUCAAUCAAUGUCAUUGUCGUGGUGGGACCUGCGCAGACGAACGCCGAGAUGAUGCGGCGCUUCGGCAGCGAACGAACGAGUCUCGGGGAGCCCAUCAGCGUCGUCCAUCUGGACCGCUCGGACGGCGUGGUGGCUCGAGACGAGGUCUUUAUGCAACACUGGAGAGAGGCUGCCAUCAAGGAGUACUUCUUUGGCGAUGCGAGGCGGACACUGAGCCCCCUGAUCCAACAGGUCGACUUUGACAAUGUGGUCAUCUACAAAGCCUCCGACUAUUCUACCUAUGGCGAGGAAACUCUCGUCCGCGAAGCGCCAUCGUCGCCCAUGCAGCACUGGACGCUAGCCAUCAUGCAUGCGUCCCCCAAGGACUCGCCAGAGACGGUCCGGGCGGCGAGCGUCAUGGGCUUCGUCUACGUGUCGGACGUCGACGAGGAACGCCGCAAGAUCAAGCUCCUGGCUACGGUGAGCGGGCGCCUUGGCGACCAGCCGCUGGUGUGGGGGAAGUGGCCGGAGCCGUACAUCAACUUGUUGGGAUAG